CAGAGGCGUGCGGUGGACAGCAGAUGGAUCCUGCAGCCAGCAACUGUAUGAGGAGCCCCCAGCCCCCAGCCCCUGUCUGGGGCUGCCUUCGAAACCCCCACUCUGAAGGCAGUGGGGCCUCAGGGCUACCCCACUACCCGCCAACCCCGUUCUCCUUCCACCAGAAACCAGACUUCCCAGCAACAACAGCAGCAGCGUACCCUGACUUCUCGGCCUCCUGCCUGGCGGCCACCCCACACAGCCUGCCCCGGGAGGAGCGCAUCUUCACUGAGCAGCACCCUGCCUUCCCUCAGCCCCCCGACUGGCACUUCCCUGUCUCAGAGGCUCGGCACAGGCCUAACUCAGGUCCAGCUGGGGGCUCCAGGGAGAUGGGGACCAGCAGCCCAGGCCUGGUGGAUCCCACAGGAGGCCCAGGCGAGGACUACGGGGUGCAUGGGAGCACUGCCAAUGAGACAGAGAAGAAAUCAUCCAGACGGAAAAAGGAGAGUUCAGACAACCAGGAGAACCAAGGGAAGCCAGAAGGAGGCAACAAGGCCCGCAAGGAGAGGACAGCCUUCACCAAAGAGCAGCUGCGGGAGCUAGAGGCUGAGUUUGCCCAUCAUAACUACCUGACCCGGCUCCGCAGAUAUGAGAUCGCUGUAAACUUGGACCUCUCUGAGCGGCAGGUCAAAGUGUGGUUCCAGAACCGAAGGAUGAAGUGGAAGCGUGUGAAAGGGGGUCAACCCAUCUCACCCCACGGGCAGGACCCCGAGGACGGGGAUUCUGCAGCCUCUCCAAGUUCAGAGUGAGAUUCUCCAUGGAGAAUAAAAAAGAUAAAGAACUGAGCCCCCUACCCAUCUACCUUCAUCCCAAUCCCACCUUCACCUUCUUCCUUCAUGUCCCAGGGCAGCCUCUCCACAUCUUGCAAUGACUUUUGGAUAUGAAGCUGCCCUGCAUUCCUGGAAGUCUCUGAAUUGCCCAGAAAGUUCUGUCCAGCAUCCCUUUUGUCUUAGCAGCCCCUUCCCAGGGCCUUUGCUCCCCAUACUGUCAUGGAAUCAUACAGAGAUCCUGCCAGAUGGGACAAGCCUGGAAAUAGCUCCAGGGACACUGCUUCUCAGGGUUGCUUGGCUGCCACCCACCCCUCCUCCUGCCACCUUCCUCCAACAUGAGCCAGGCUUCCUCCAGGUUUGGACACCACCUGGCCUGCUGGGAGAGGAGGCUUGGAACCAGCUGGUGACUCAUGAAAGCAAUGCUCCAAAAGAAAGGAAAUGACUGAGACACACAACCUGGCCCACCUUUCCUCUCUGGGUUCCACAUCUGGGCCCUUGGUUAUCCCCAAACCCCAGGGAAUAUCAGUAUGAGGAGAGUUAAGGGCAGCAACUCAGCUGCUAUGAGUUAGGAACUGAUCCCUGCCUCUGAACUUCUUCACUAAGUGGACAAAUUUCUGAGCAUUGGCUAGGAGAAGACAGAAAAAUACCUGUGUAAGGCUCUGUGUUCCCAUAUAGGCUGUCCACACUGGCUUGAUUGGGCAGAUGAAAGUGAAUCCAGGAUAGCAUCUGCUGCUUCAGAAUCAAUUUAGGGAUAUAGCUGAACUGCUGAGCAGUGCUCCAGAGAAGAGGAGCGGCUAUUCCUCUCCAGAUGCCUACAUUUGUUGCUCUAAGGGCUGGAAAGUGGCCCCUGCAUUCAUAGGAUAGAAGAUAAUAUUAUGGCUGCCAGGUGAGGGCCUAGAGAUGUGGAACCCUGGAGGGGACAGCUCUACAGCUGUAAUGUCCCUUGACUGCAUAAGGGGACAAGAAAACAAUUCCUCUUCCUCCACAGGAUGCAUUUGAGCUCUUCCUAUGUCUUCCACACAUGCUGUUACUAUGAGAGGAACUGCUAGGUUUAUGUGUGUGGACUGCUGAGAUCUUAGCCAGGUCAUCCCAGGAUGCCACUUGAGGACUGAUGGCUGAACGGUCUGGGGCAACUAAAGUCCUUGAAAGAGACAAUGCCCCACCCCCACGAUUGUCUCCUCAUACCAGCUGGUGUUGCAGAGGGAGGUUAGCAAGAGUUUGGAUCUCUCAAUGUAGUUGUAAUCAUAAAAAUAACCCCACCUCCCCACCCCAGAAAGGACAAAAGCUGGGGAAAAUGAUUGCCAAAUGAGAUGGCUGGUUAGAGCAUGUAUGAUUUUUCUAAAGCAUAUGUCAUAUAUUUUCUUAAGAUUACAUCAAGCUAACUGUGCAAGGUCAAUUAACUUUGUAAGAAAAGUCUUGGAGAAAUAAAAUCAAGACAAAAGCAAAGUACCAAGGCCUUUUUCUUUACAGAGCUAAGAACCACCGAUCCUGUGUGCAAACUUCUGAUUCUCAUCUCAUGAUUGUCCAGACAAUGUCUAGAAGCAACAGGGGAAAGGGAAGAAAUCUAUACCAAGGCAUCCCCCUUUAGAUUCUUUAAAAAGUGGGUGCAAGGGUGAGUAACCAUUGUAAAAAAAGAAAACAAACAAAAACCCCCAAAACCCCAAAACUUUUUCUCCCAAGGAAAUGCAUUGUCUCCAUUUUCCACUGUAAAAAUUUGGCUCUCAGUUUCCCUAA